AGUAUCACCAUAAUGGCAUUGAUUUGCCUUUGGCCUGAUUAUGUUCCUUUAGUUCUUAAAUAUCAUGCAAUGCACUUUGUUGUUCCUUCUUCUGACUUCUUCCUUAUCUGCUAAAAAUAACGGAACAACAGAGUCGGCAGGUCUUUGACCUGAAAAUAGCUUCUGUAAGAGACAUUUUAUGUUUUCAAAUGCAAAUGCAAAGCACAGUUUUUUAAUUCCAUGGCACAAUGCGCUUGUUUAAUAACGCUUUCGAGAUAUUUUUAGGCAGAUUUAUGAAAUCGUUUUUGUUAGUACCGUCGCGACAUAAAAUUGGACGCAAGUAUUAAUAGUGAUUGACUCGGGUCACUCACAGAGGGAGGAGAUAAAUGAGUUAACAAGAAAUCAACAUUUGAACGUAUUCGAUCAAUGGCACGUAAUGACGAUCAAAAAAGGAAAUACGAAUUUCUGGCAUAUUACUGACUUUCCAUUUUUUUGAUAAAUUACGUCAAAUUAUAUAAAGGAUCUUGAACAAAUAAUCAUAAGAAUUCACCUUUUUUAUGUCGUAUAAUUGAUAAAUCGAAAAUUCCUUUCAUUAUUGAAAGGGAACCUGAAUUUCCCACAGCGCUGAUUAUUCAUUCAUCUACAUCCGCAAAGUAUAAACGUGCGUCAGUCAACGCAGAAACAUCCCACUUGUAUACACACCCUGUUCUCGACUUCCGCUCUGUAAAUAAUAAAUUUGCUUUCAGUCGUCAAACAAAUUUUCGGGUGCACUCAAAGUUCAAUCAAAUUCACCAACUCGGCUAAAAUCCAGUCAAGCUGAAGACAAAGUGAGAUUAAAACUGAGGCGGUGAGCGAUGAGGGAUUCCGGGAACAAUUCAAUAUUAAAACAAAGUGUUCUGAUUGACGCCAGGAAAGCAGUGUUCAGCAUUUUAUUUUUGCGUCUCAUUUCUUAAAAUUCAUUUGGACAUGAAGGAGAUGUCCACGGUAGAAAUAUUGAAGAUUUGGAAAGAUGGCGUGACUUUUAUGGAGAAGGGCAACUACGAAGAGGCACUAAAAAACUUUAUGGCUCUAGAAGGAAGGACUGAUUCUUCACAGCAACUGAUCACUUCGGGCAGAAAUCUGUUUAACAUUGGACAAAUGUAUCUGGCCCUUGGAAGAAUGGAAAUGGCCGCACAGGCAUUUGAAGAGUCAAUAGCAAAAGACCCAAUGAUGGCGAUCGCCCAUUAUACCUUGGGAAGCGUCAAUUUGGCUUUAGAUAGAAAUGAAAGAGCCUUAAGGAACUUUAGUGACGCUGCUUUAUUUCUUCGUGGAAACAAAUUGAUAAAGUAUGAUCAAUUAGGCUUGAAGGUUAACCUUUACUUAUGUGAGGUUCUAGCUAACAGGGCCGUUGCUCAGUCCAGAUUAAAGAAUGCCGAAGAAGCCAAGAAUGAUUUUUUGAUGGCCUUACAAUUCAAGAUGGAGCCACGACAAAGCGUCAUUCAGGACCUUCUUCUUUGCUGGCAGUCUGGAAAGAGUGUAGAGCCUCUUAAGAUGCCAUCGCCAUCUGUUUUCAAACCUUCAAAAGGAGCCACUGAUGCUAUAAACAAAGAACAUAAAUUCAUGGAGAAAUCCAAGGUCGUUGCUGAGGUUCAAGUUAGAAGUUUCCCUGGCCCACGAACUACACCAGCUAGGCCCCAACCGACUCGUUCCCCACCUCGUUCUCCGAAUCUCUCAAAAGCUGUGGCAGAUGAAUCUCUUUCCGAACAGCACCUCCCUCAAGCAGCUUAUGUGAAAUCCACAAGAGAUGCACUGCUAAACGACUUACGGAAAAACGAAACAGUCGCAUCUGGGAAGGAACCUCCCAAUAAACCGCUCCCCGUUGUACCUGACUUUGUAGACAGCCCUCAACAGUCGCCGCGUGCUUCUCCUACUCCGAGAUUUCCGAGAACUGAUUCUGGAUAUCUUUCACCCCGAUCUUCAACAAAGAGUUCAAAGAGUGGAUCUAGGCCAGUAACUCCACCGGAAAAUUCCCGACCACGGACUCCUGUUGAAAUGGGACCUCCCUCCAAGCCCCUCCCGCCUACCCCAAGAUCAAAAAGCCUAAGCCCCAUUCCAUCGCAAGUGCCCGCUGAGCCUAGAAAAACACGUGACGUCGAAUUGGUUUUCACACAAUCUAUUAAGGUGGACGAGUCAGUUUCAACCGUGGAACUUUUGAAAGAGGCAGCUGCUGCUUUCAAGCUACCUGAAAAUUCAUUUGCACUUUGGUGCAUGAAGGACAACCAGCUCACAGUUCUACAAGAUCAGGAUCUGGAAGAAAUCCUCCGCUCAUCGUCAAACAACAGUCCUCAAGUUUUCUGCUACGAAAACAAACCAGAGUGAAUGAGUUUCGACUCGAAUUUUCAAUAGCGGAGGGGCUUUGAUCGAUACAUGCCUCGUGGAGAGUCCGUUUUAGAAGAACAAGUAAAAACUUUGCGCUGAACUCACUGACUUGUUUUGAUCUCACUGAUAUAGAAAUACAGAUCUCGAAACCCUGACUAAACUGGAGAGCUCUUUUUGUUUCUCCCUAUCAUCACAAACGUAAAACCCCAUACGCGGCGAGGGUGGAUAAAAUGAUUACGUUGAAUAAGUCUUCGUGAGGCUAUGGCUUUACUAAAACCACUCUGUACU